CUUGAAAAGCAUCUUGUUGCCGAUAAAGCACGAACUGAAAAAUCCACGGCGGAAAAGACCGAGGAAAGCAAACGAUCCAAAACGGAUGAUAACAAAACAAAUGCUGGAGAAACACCAGCGCAUCUACGUGUAUCAGUAUCGCUGAGCGAGAAGAGAAGGCAUGUUGAGCCAACAGCAACAGCAGCAGCUGCAGCUACUGCACCAGCACCUACUCAGAAUGAAGCACCGGCGAAGGAGUCGGAAAGGGGCGAAACACGAUUGAAGCAUGAACACGAACAUCGAGGACGGAAACGUUCUGCUUCGCCAGCAGCAGCGGUAAUUUUUGAUUUUUCCAAACAACUUUAA